CACAUUUUUGAUUGGUAAUGCAACAGUACAAGUCCUACUGUUUUGAGGUCACUACACAUUUUUGAUUGAAUUUGAAAAGCAAAGAAAAGCUGAAAAGAAGAUGAAGGAUUUUUGGAGCAUAAUAUGUGGGGAUUCUAGCUGUUCAAAGACUAAUGGAAAUCCUUUCUGUUAUGAUUUCAAGAGUUUGAAAGAUCCUUCUUCAUGCAAUAACCAUUUGUUGGUAAUUUUCUUUGAUCUGAUCAUGCUGAUCAUGCUGUCAUUUAUGAUGUUCCUGAAGUCUUCGUCGAGACCCUUUUGGAGUCGGGUAAGAUAUUCAAACGUGCAACUAGUUUCUGCCAUAACCAAUGCUUUUAUUGGGUUGUCGCAUUUAUGCUUAGGAAUUUGGAUUUUUGAGGAGAUAUUGAGGAAAACCUUCAAAUCAGUUCCUCUUAAUUUGUCGUUGCUAGAACUCUUUCAUGGACUAACAUGGUUGUUAGUAAGUUUAACUAUAAGUCUUCGGAUAAAACAACUUCCAAGAGCGUGGUUGUGGCUGUUUUCUAUUCUUGUGUUCUUUGCUUCUGGUACACUAUGUGUUUUAUCCAUGUCUUAUGCAAUUGGAAGAAGAGAAUUGUCCGUCAAGGAAGCUUUAGAUGUUAUAUCUUUUCCAGGGUCAACUUUGCUUCUGUUAUGUACUUACGAAGCAGGUAAACGUGAAGAUUGCAAUGCAGACCGAGAAAAUGCUGAAAGGCUUUAUGCUCCCUUAAAUAGCGAGUUCAACGAUGUUUCUCAAUAUCAUGUCACCCCAUUUGCUGAAGCUGGAUUCUUUAGUAAGAUAUCGUUUUGGUUGUUGAAUCCAUUGAUUAAAAAGGGUCAAGAAAAAACACUUCAGGACGAGGAUAUCCCAAAGUUAAGAGAGUCUGAACAAGCGGAAAGUUGUUAUUUGUCAUUUGUAGAACAAUUAAGGAUACAAAGAGAAAAAGAACCAUCAUCACAUUCAUCGGUAUUAUGGACAAUAACAAUGUGCCACCGAAGAGAGAUUUUGAUAACAGGAUUCUUUGCUUUGCUCAAGGUACUUGCUAUAUCUUGUGGCCCUCUACUUCUGAAUGCUUUUAUAUUGGUUUCUGAGGGUAAUGAAAGUUUCAAAUAUGAAGGAUAUAUAUUGGCCAUAUCACUCUUCUUCGAAAAGAUCAUAGAAUCCCUAUCACAAAGACAGUGGUAUUUUCGCAGUAGAAUUGUUGGGAUGAAAGUCAGGUCACUAAUUACGGCAAAAAUUUAUAAAAAAACAUUAAGGUUAUCCAAUUCUGCUAGAUUGGUUCACUCCAGCGGUGAGAUAAUGAAUUAUAUGACUGUGGAUGCUUAUAGAAUUGGAGAAUUUCCAUUUUGGUUUCAUAGGACUUGGACAGCAAUUCUCCAACUGUCUAUUGCAAUAAUAAUUCUUUUCCGUGCAAUUGGAAUAGCAACACUAGCAUCAUUAUUGGUCAUAGUUCUAACCGUGUUUUGCAACGCUCCACUGGCAAAGUUGCAUCACAAGUUUCAUAGCAAACUUAUGAUGGCACAAGAUGAGAGAUUAAAGGCUAGUUCUGAGGCUCUUGUGAAUAUGAAAGUGCUAAAGCUAUAUGCAUGGGAAACUCAUUUUAAAAAUGCAAUAGAAAAGUUAAGAAGUGUCGAACUCAAACUGUUAUUUGCGGUGCUAUUAAGAAAGACAUAUGCUGUCUUUCUCUUUUGGACCUCACCAGUUAUGGUAUCUGCUGCAUCUUUCGUAGCAUGUUACCUGCUGAAAAUUCCUUUGCAUGCAAGUAAUGUUUUCACUUUCGUAGCAACUUUACGCCUUGUUCAAGAGCUAAUUACAAGCAUCCCGGAUGUUAUUGCAGUAAUCAUUCAAGCAAAAGUUGCAUUUGCUCGGAUUCGUAACUUUCUUGAGACACAAGAACUGCAUAGUUCAAAUUUCAAUAGCAGGGACUUUAAUGACAACCUCAAAGGCUCAGUUGUAAUGAAAUAUGCAGACUUUUCAUGGGAAGAUAAUGCAUCAAAGCCAACACUAAGAAACAUAAAUUUGGAUGUUAGACAUGGACAAAAGGUGGCUAUUUGCGGAGAAGUUGGCUCAGGAAAAUCAACCCUCUUAGCAACAAUUCUUGGAGAAGUUCCGAAUACAAAGGGAACGAUCGAUGUAUAUGGGAAGUUUGCAUAUGUUUCUCAAACAGCAUGGAUACAAACAGGUACAAUACGGGAAAAUAUUUUGUUUGGAUCUGAAUUCGAUGAUCAAAGAUAUCAAGAAACACUUCAAAAGUCAUCACUGAUAAAGGACCUUGAGUUGCUUCCCUAUGGUGACCUCACCGACAUAGGUGAGAGAGGAGUUAAUUUAAGUGGAGGUCAAAAGCAACGAAUUCAACUUGCUCGAGCUCUUUAUGAGAAUGCUGAUAUAUAUCUAUUGGAUGAUCCAUUUAGUGCUGUUGAUGCACAUACUGCAAAAAGUUUGUUUAAUGAAUACAUCAUGGAAGGACUCAAAGGGAAAACUGUCUUACUCGUCACUCAUCAAGUUGACUUUCUCCCAGCAUUUCAUUCUGUUUUGUUAAUGUCAGAUGGGGUAAUCCUACAAGCUGGUCCAUAUCACCACCUAAUGACCAAAAGCGAAGAAUUCCAAGACCUUGUCAAUGCGCACAAGGUUACUGCCCGUUCAAACCAGCUCGUGAAUGUUACGUUUUCUCAAGCUUCUCAAAAUAUUGCUCAAGCUUUAGUGGAAAAGCAGUGUAAAGAAGCAAAUGGAAAUCAAUUAAUUAAGCAAGAAGAAAGAGAGAUAGGAGACACAGGGUUCAAGCCUUACUUACAAUAUCUGAAUACGAUGAAAGGCUAUAUUUUCUUCUCCGUGUCUACAUUCUGUCACAUUUUUUUUGUGGUCUCUCAGAUACUGCAAAACUCAUGGAUGGCUGCAAAUGUAGACAAUCCCCAUGUCGCCACGUUGCAAUUGGUUUUAGUUUAUUUCUAUAUCGGAGCUUCAUCGAUAUUUUUCAUGUUGAUCAGAAGUCUAUUUGUAGUUUCGUUGGGUCUUCAUUCUUCAAAAUAUUUAUUUUUACAGUUGAUGAACUCUCUCUUUCGAGCACCGAUGUCUUUCUAUGAUUCUACGCCAUUAGGAAGGAUACUAAGUAGGGUCUCAUCUGAUCUGAGCAUUAUGGAUCUUGACAUGCCAUUUAGCCUCCUUUUUUCCGUCGGAUCUACUAUAAACUUUUAUGCUUGUCUUAUAGUUUUAUCAGUUGUCACUUGGCAAGUGUUGAUUAUUGUUAUACCAAUGGUAUAUGCUACAAUUCUUUUACAGAGAUACUACUUAGUCUCAGAAAAACAAAUGAUGCGGAUGAGCGGCACAACAAAAUCCUGUUUAGCUAAUCAUGUAGCUGAAACUGUUGCUGGCGCCGUGACAAUAAGGGCUUUUGAGGAAGAAGAUCGAUUUUUUAAGAAGAAUCUUGAUCUAAUUGAUAUGAAUGCCAGUACAUUUUUUCACUGUUUUGCCUCAAAUGAAUGGUUGACGCAACGACUAGAAACAAUAAGCGCACUUGUUCUUUCCUCUGCAGCACUUUGCAUGGUUAUACUUCCACCAGGGACUUUCACCUCUGGAUUUAUCGGUCUAUCUCUAUCUUAUGGCCUUUCACUAAAUGCUUCCUUAGUAAUUUCAGUUGGAUUUCAAUGCCGUCUCGCAGAUAAUAUAAUAUCAGUAGAGAGGCUAAAUCAAUAUAUGCAUAUACAAAGUGAGGCAAAAGAAAUAAUAGAAGGUAAUCGUCCUCCUUUGAAUUGGCCAGUUGCAGGCAAAGUUGAAAUAAAUGACUUGAAGAUACGAUACAGACCCGAUGGACCACUUGUACUACAUGGGAUCACAUGCACAUUUGAAGCUGGUCACAAGAUUGGUAUUGUUGGAAGAACAGGCUGUGGGAAAUCAACUCUUAUUGGUGCUUUAUUUCGUCUCGUGGAACCAGAAGGAGGAAAAGUUGUAGUUGACGGCAUAGACAUUUCAUCUAUUGGUCUUCAUGAUUUGAGGUCACGUUUAGGGAUUAUACCUCAGGAUCCUACCCUUUUUAAUGGAACAGUGAGAUUUAAUAUGGACCCUUUAUCUCAACACACUGAUCAAGAGAUAUGGGAGGUUCUCGGGAAAUGCCAACUACGAGAGGUUGUCCAAAGGAAAGAAGAGGGUUUAAACUCCUCAGUUGUCGACGAUGGAUCAAACUGGAGCAUGGGACAAAGGCAGUUAUUUUGUUUGGGGCGUGCUCUAUUAAGGAGAAGUAGGAUAUUGGUACUUGAUGAAGCAACUGCAUCAAUUGACAACUCAACUGAUUUGAUUCUACAGAAAACCAUUAGAACCGAGUUUGCGGAUUGUUCAGUGAUCACAGUAGCACACAGGAUACCGACUGUGAUGGAUUGCACUAUGGUUCUUUCAAUAAGUGAUGGAAAAUUGGUGGAGUAUGAUGAACCGAUGACCUUGAUGAAGAGAGAAGAAUCGUUGUUCAGGAAGCUUGUCAAGGAAUACUGGUCUCAUUUUCAGUCUGCAGAAUCACAUUGACGUUAACAAUGCUUUUUUGAUGUAAAACGUGUUCUGUUAAGAGGCCUCAAAACAGAAAACCAAACCUGAACUUAUCUGAACUGGAAAACAAUUUGAGUAAACCAAACUGAACCAUCUCCACUUCACUGUCCAAACUGAAGCCAACUGAAUUUACUGUUCGGUGCAUGACGAUUCAAGUUUCUCAACUUAACCAAACUGAAUUGUACCAUCUCUAGAAUGAUACAUGAACUUUAUUUACAAAGCUUGAGUUCUUGCUAAUGAAAUUGAACUAUAAUCUUGAGAAAUA